AUGUUCCCACGUCGAUUCCCGCUGCACUCAGACAUUGGAGUCUUCCAUGAACCGGAAAGCGAGGAAGGAUUCCCGCUCUUUCUCGUUCCCGACGUGGCUUUGCCCUGUGGGAAAUCUGUUUGUCUUGCUGUCUUUCAAAACCCGUGCAUUCCGUCUGAGCCUCCGACAUUUGCUUUCCGCUCGGACUUGAAAGCGCACUUAGGGCUGGUCCGCUUGUUUCCGCGUCUAUCUCUAGCAAUAUCAAAUUCAAUCCGAAUCAAUUGGUGCAUCUCAGAGUUUCCGAAACCAACAUUUCUCACUGAUCGCAUCGACGACUUUGCCCAAGAUCGCCAGCUCGCGAAUGACGUUCGGUCCCAUGCUUAA